AUGAAGCGCGAUCCCGACCGAGCUUCAGACUUGGUGGAGAAACUCAUUGGCGAGAGACCGACGCAUUGCGCGCGCUUAAAGACGCUCUGGGCAGGCUACGGCACAAUCUACUCCGUCACGCUCAAGCGCGGCCCAUCCUUGAUCCUCAAGCACAUUGAUCCACCAGACAUUUUGGGAGAAGAUCACGACGAGUCCGACGCACGCAAGCUCCUGUCGUACGCAGUCGAGGAGCACUUUUACUCGCGCUUGUCCAACAGGCUCCCCGCGCAAUGCCCAGUCCCAAAAUACAUCGCCUCUUGCAAAGACGGCGAGAGGGGCUUGGCGCUUCUCAUGCAGAACGUCAAACAGGACUAUCCGAUCUUGGCCGAAGCUCGCGGCGAGCUGACGGAAGAGCAGACGAUGCAAGCGAUACACUGGCUGGCGCGCUUUCACCAACACUUUGAGCAUCAUCAGGACGCAGAGCCAUGUCCCACACCCGCAGCUGCAUCUCAAUGGUGCGGAGGGGGCGUGUGGAAGAGGGGUGGCUACAGCUACCUAUCGACUCGCUUAGAGGAGCUCGCGGCAAUCCCGGCGUCGAGCGAAUGGGCGGUGUUCAGGGACACUGGCCUAGCGGAAGCCCUGGACAAUUUCCUCUCUGCUCCCGAUCAAGUCGGCCGCACGUUGCUCCACGGAGACGUCAAGGCUGCCAAUCUCGCUUUCAAGCAUCCCAAAGAUGCAGCUCAGGAUCCAUCAGGUGGCGUGCUCGCAUACGACUUCCAGUACACAGGUUUCUCGUUGGGCGUGACGGAUCUGGCAAAAUUCCUGCAGUCCUCCGUGCCGAGCGGACUGCUCUCACCGGGCAACGAGGAGAGGGUCUUGCGCAAGUACCAUGAACUGCGAGGUGGGGAAGCUUGGCUACCUUGGCCAUUGUUCUGGGAGCAGUGGGAGGUGGCCAUACUGGAUUGGGCAAGGUUCAUGGCGGGUUGGGGCUGGUGGGGGAACGAGAGAUGGCUGAAACAGCGUGCUCGCGAGCUGCUGCGCCGACCCGGCUGGCAGGCAGACUUCUUGAAGAAGUGGGCAUCUUGA